AUGAGUACCGAGACACGGAAGAAGUUUAUCAACUACCCUCUGCCGGUUCCUGGGCCAGCCUUCCCGUACUAUAAUGACAGGAAGAGCAAUCCGCCUCUUAGAGGGUGGGUCUUGGUCGCGGCGGCGUGGGCCAUGGAAUGCUUUUGGUUCGUACGCUCCUUCAUUUGGAAAAAUGCCGGCUUCGGCAGUGUUAGGAAGAUUCGCAAGCACAUCGAAGAUGCCGAGCCUCGUUACGACCCAACUGUUUUGCCCGUGCCGACGGAUGAGGCCAAGGACCCGGCUGUCCUCCAUCGCGAGAGCGCCGUGCAGGCGAAGCCACACCCCUCCAAGUACUACACCGUCAACGACUAUCAUGAGAUGUAUCUGUCGGGCGUGGUCACACCGCUCGCUGUAGCCCGAGUCAUUCUGUCGCUGGUGCGCCGCGAUACAAACCCGCCGGGCGAGCACUCCCUCGCGUGGUUCGACACCAAAGUCGAGCAAGUCUUGGCCGCUGCCGAGGCCUCCACGAAGCGGUACAAAGAGGGGUGCUCACUGGGUCCUCUCGAUGGUGUGCCUACGGCUGUCAAAGACGAGUACGAGAUUGACGGAUACCGGACCUGCCUCGGUUCCAGGAACGACUACACCACAAAGGCCGAACCUGGCCAGUCGAUCACAAGCUGGUGCGUGAGGAAAUUGGAAGAUGCAGGCGCUGUCGUUAUGGGGAAGCUGUCCAUGCACGAAUUUGGACUCGAUACCACCGGAAACAACCCAAUCUACGGAACGCCGCGGAAUCCUUACAACCGCGGCUACUACACUGGCGGAAGCUCCUCGGGGGCCGGAUAUGCAGUCGCGACCGGCUUGGUCCCCGUAGCCCUCGGCAGCGACGGCGGCGGCAGCAUCCGCAUCCCCUCGUCCAUGUGUGGCGUCUACGGCCUCAAGCCCACCCACGGCCGCGUUUCGUUCCACCCCUGCCCGAAUCACAGCAACAGUUGCGCCGUCAAUGGACCCAUCGCCGCGGACAUCGAGUCCCUUGCGACCUACUUUGAAACCAUCGGCGCGCCGCAUCCCGACUCCUGCUUCAUACAGGCGUCCCCAUUCAUCUCCUCUCCCAGCGAGAAGCGCGGCAAGAUCCUCGGUGUGCCCGAGGCCUGGUUCGGGCAGGCGGAUCCGGCCAUCCAGCGCAUGUGCAGGGCCAUGAUUACAAAACUGGUCACGACAUACGGUUACAGCACGGUCUCCAUCGAUAUCCCGUUCCUGAUCGAGGGCCAGUUCGCGCACGCCAUGACCGUUCUCACCGACGGUGCCACCCUCCUCCCGGAAACCAAGAACCUCACGCACGCGAACCGCAUUCUCCUGGCAAUCGGUCGCGUCACGUCCGCCAUGGACUACCUCCUCGCCCAGAAGCUCCGCGGCCUGCUCAUGUCGCACCUCGCGCACCUGUGGCGCACGUACCCAGGCAUGAUCAUCGUCACUCCCACGACCGCCUGCGCGGGGUGGCCCAUCAUGAGCAAGGGCGAGCUGGCCUACGGCGUGAGCGACGGCGACCGCACCAUCAGGUCGAUGGAGUACGUGUGGAUGGGCAACUUCUGCGGGCUCCCGGGCAUCACAGUCCCGGCUGGCUACGUCGUGCCGCACGACCAGCCCGGCGCUGGUAGCGAGGCCGGGCCCGAGACCAUGGGCAAGAUUCCUAUUGGGCUUAUGGGCAUGGGUGAGUGGACGGACGAGCAUAGCCUCCUCGAGUUCGGGCUAGACGCCGAGGAUCUAUUCGCGAAGGAGCGUUGCAGGCCGCCCAACUGGGUCGACGUCAUCCAGCGGGCCAAGGACGAUAUGGCCAAGAGUGGGGAGGACAGCUUGAUAAACAUCUAG